AUGCUUAUCGGUCGAAUUUCUCUUUUUCUAUGGGCGGUUUCUUCGUCCGUCCUCGCGGAGGAUAUUUCAAAUCGUCUCGGUAAGCCGAUCGUAAUAGAUACCGACAUCUUCUCCGACGUCGACGACGUGGGCUCCCUGGCUGUUGCCAAUGUGCUGCAUAACUACGGCCUAGCAGACCUACGGGGAGUCGUUGUGAAUACGCAUUCCAAGUACGGCGCAUUGGCCGUUAGUGUUAUUAAUACGUACUUUGGGAAUGGAGAUGUCCCUAUCGCCGCGAUCCGUCCGUUGACGGACGAGAUGUUCUUCGAUAAGCGGGAAUAUGUUCUAAGCGAAUAUGCCAGCAAGAUAGCUCAUAACUGGCCUCGCUCCCUGAACGACUCAUCCGAAACAUCAACGCCGGUUGAGAUGUAUCGCAGGAUUCUCUCCUCAGCGGAAGAUCACAGCAUAACCCUGAUUUCAAUUGGCUUCUUAACUAACUUCGCUGCACUAAUGAAUAGCUCUGCUGAUGACAUUACGCCUCUUACGGGGGCCUCUCUCGUAUCUUCAAAAGUUAAAGAGUUGGUGGUCAUGGGCGGCCGGUACCCUUCGGGGAUGGAGUUCAACUUUGCCGGUGUCGAUCCCGCAUCCACGUACUACGUCGUAAAUAAUUGGCCGCGCCGCGUGCCCAUUACAUACUCUGGAUUCGAGCUUAGCGACAACAUCUUCUCCGGCGAGGAACUCGCGGAAUACGCGCUGCCAGAUUCGCCCGUACUCGCGGCGUAUCAGUGGUACGUAGGCCGGUGCAGCACCGCUCGCGAGUCGUGGGAUCCUGUUACGACCUUGUACGGGAUAUUAGGGCUCGACGGGUCCCCUGAAUUGGGGAUUGGGAAAUUGUUUGAGUAUGCGAAUGAAGCCGGGUAUAACGAAGUAUCAGCAGACGGCUCGAAUGUGUGGGUUAACAACUCUAGCGUUUCGAACCAGCAUUGGUUGGAGUUGGCGGAUGGAGUAACGAAUGGAACUGUUGCAGGGCUUCUGACUAAAUUAUUCGCUCAUAACCCUUCGGAUAAGAGCUGCUCUGCAUAUGGACGCGUGCCAUUUCAGACUUAA